CCAAGCAACCCAAGCACAUUUGUUUCUUCUUCCUCAUCUAAUCAGAGAAACAAAUCGAAAAUACUCACCCAAUCAGAGAAACAAACCAAAAAUAUUUAAUUAUUUUAUUUCUCAUUCAAUCAAAGAAACAAACUGAAAAUACUUACCGUAUUCUUCCUCAUCUUCUUUCCCCCUAAACCGAAAAUCCCCUCAUCUUUUGUUUGGAGAUGAACCCAGGAGCUGGGUUCACGGCGAACCCCGCACUUGGGUUUUGAGAUGAACCCAGCGCCUAGGUUUGCGACGAACCCAGCGCCUGGGUGCGGGAUUCGUCGCAAACCCCUCCCCUGGGUUUCAAAACGAACCCAGGCGCAGGAUUCGUCGCGAAACCUAGGAGCUGGGUUCCGUGACAAACCUGGGUUCGUGCAAACCCAAAGCUAAAAAAAAAAAAAAAAGAAAGAAGAAGAAGAAGUAGCAGAAUCUUUCCAAAAAUAAACCGAACACUUAAUAUUAUUAGAAAAAUACUGUAUUUGUAAGCAUCUUAUGUAUUGUAUAGGGGAAUUUAUAAUUUCUUUAAAAAAACAAAUUGCGUCGAGUUUAAGUGUGAGUUCAUCUUUUGUUUAAAAAAUCUGAAAGGAAAAGAGGGAUAGCUGGUAAUGUUCAUUGCUAAAUAGAAACAUCGUUACAUG